ACUCUAUUUCCUGCCAGAUACUAAGCUAGAAAAUGUCACUCACAUGUAUUAGGAAAUUCAAACAAGGAAAAAGACUUGGGGAAGAAAUCAUAGCACACUGGCGGGUAGGGAGGCGGGAGGGAGGACGGGAGGGGCUGAGAACUGCUGCCAAGUUAUCAGUCGCCCUCCCUUGUUCCUAAGAAUAUGCUUCACUCCUUCUCUUUGGCCACCUUUACCUUCCAGAUUCCCAUAAAUCACAUGGUCCAGUUACCUAAUGAGACCAGCGUCACUUGGCCGUUCUCACCCUCUAGUGGGAACACUGGCCUGGGAGUAAGGCUCAGACCCCCAAGCCACGUACCACGCACAGCCUGAGCCACUCCAAGAACUCAGGACCCUCUCACUGGGAACCUUCCACACACUCUUCAAGCAACGCACAGCAGCACCAACAGUUGAAAUGAAAGUUCUAAUCUCUUCCCUCCUUCUGUUGCUGCCACUAAUGCUGGUGUCCACGGUCCGCAGCAGCUCAAAUACAGGGAUUGCCAGAGGCCAUAGGGACCAACGCCAGGCUUCUGGGAGGUGGCUCCAGGACGGAGGCCAAGAAUGUGAGUGCAAAGAUUGGUUCCUGAGAGCCCCUAAAAGAAAACUCAUGGCAGUGCCCAGGCUGCCAAAGAAGCCGUGUCCCUGUGAUCAUUUCAAGGGCAGAGUGAAGAAAACCAGGCACCAAAGACACCACAAGAAGCCAACCAAACCCUCCAGAGCCUGCCAGCAAUUUCUCAGACGAUGUCAGCUGGCAAAUUUUGCUCUGCCCUUAUAGGAGCUCUGAGAGCCCACCGUCCCGAUAAAACAUUCUGUCAACAAGGCAGUGAGCGCACCUAGAAGAUGCUCUUCUCCCACCUCAAGCUCCCCAUCCCUGUCCCUACUCCCUAAAUCAUCCCAAAAAGCAUGUUCCCCAAGAUUAUUGCCCCCUCUAGUGGCUUCUUUUCUUGUCAGUCUUUUCCUGGGGCCUCCCCUUACCCAGGCUUAAAUUUACUUACCGGGAAUCUCUGGUUGCCUAGCUGGUCCCACUGGGUCUUAAAUACAACCAAGCAAGUAGUA